AUGUCGCUUACAAAUCUUAUCUACACUGGAUCCGACUUAAUAUGGAUUCAGUGUGAGGAAUGCAAGAUUCAAGAUGAAAACCAUAGGUGCUAUCCUCAGAAAGAAGAAUCGUUUCCGGAUAGCAAGUCAAGAACCUACCAACCUCUGCCUUCAAGUUACCCCCUCUGCAAAUACAGUCGCUCCGACGAAAAAGGCCACUGCAUAUACACGGUGAAGUACAAAACUGGAUCCAUCAACAGCACAAGCGUGCUUUCCAGUGAGACCUUCAGAUUCCUCUCUACUUCGUCUACAAGUGGUACGGAGGCGGUGAGAGGGAUUGUCUUCGGGUGCGGUUAUAAGAACUAUGACGAUGACGGUAAUGCUGGUGAUGCUUAUCAGAUAGCAGGAAUUUUUGGCAUGAGCCCUGGUCCCCUUUCUUUUCUAAGCCAAUAUAAAGGAAAGAAAUUUUCAUACUGCAUGGUUCCGCGCCAUGUGAAAAACCCUCCUCCAACCUACCUGAGGUUUGCCUCAGAAGUGAAGCCGUUAACAAGGUUCCAGACGGUGGAUCUUCUUAUGACUAAAGCAACUAAAAAUUACUUUGUUCUGCAGCUGGAAGACCUUGGAGUAAACGGCGAGAGGCUUCGGAUUGAUCGGAGGAGGCUUGAAAAUCAGCAGUUAGUUGUUGACUUUGGCUCCACUGAUUCACUUAUGCUGAACGGUGCCCAUGAAAAACUUGUGAGUAAAUUAGAUUGCAUUCUAAUUACCGCAACUGAGGACUCUAAAAAGGAUGUCGUAACCUUUAAAGACCAAAUUUGUUAUAAGAGGAUGAGGAAGCCACAAGGAUUUACUGCCAACAUACCAAGUGUCAAUUACUACUUCAAAGGAGGUGUUCAUCUCGAUUUACCUCCUCAAAAUGUUUUUGAACAGAAACUAAAACGGGACACAGAAUGA